CAUCAUUUUAAGCAGCUGGAAGUAAGCUGGAAAACAGUAAUGAAAAUUAUGUUUCAAAAAGCAAUAAAUGAGUCACUCACGCAGAUAAAUAAGGAAGUGUCAUAAAAAUAUAGAAAACUAUCGAUUACAUUUCUAUUAAAUAAAUACUCUCAAUAAUCAGGUAAUUACCAUAUCAGGGAUUCACAUCACUCGAGGUUGGAUUAAACAUGUCCAAGCACGUGAAUUUCGGAUUUCUUGUGUUCCUGAUAAGUGUAGCGUACACGUACGCCGGUGGUUACCCACAUGUUCCUUGGGGUCGUGGAUCGUACGGCUAUAACGAAGGGUUUCAUGGGUCAACAUUACAUAAUUACUACCAAGGUGAUUGGGGAAACCAACGUUACCCAGAAUAUAUGGGCACUUACCAGUAUUUACAAUACAACCCUAAUGAUGGAAACAUGUGGAACCAAAUCGGAGGCGGAAACGUCUGGAAUCAAAUGGGAGGAGGCUUAGACUGGAACUACUCUGGUGGGAACUGGAACCAGCCGCAGUGGAAUUCUUGGACCAACUGGAACGGAGAUCAAGGUUGGAAUAAUGGUGUGAAUAAUAAUGGCUGGAACAAUGUCCGGAACAAUGGUUUGAACAACGGGUGGAAUAGUAACUGGAACAACGGUCUGAAUAAUGGAUGGAACAACGGUGUGAACAACAACUGGAAUAAUGGUUUGAACAAUGGCUUGAAUAAUAACUGGAACAGAGGAUGGAUUGCACAGGAAGGCCUAGCACUUCCGUCUCACUAGAAGAAAGAAAGUUAACACAUAUUUCGAUAUUCUGAAGUCAAGAAAAUACAAUGUGUCAUCGACAGAAUUAAAUUUUAUACCAAUAUCAAUUCGUGUGUAUGCUCUAGUGAAGAUUAAAAAAUGGAAUGAAUAGCAUUGUUCAAUAUGAUGGCUGUUACAAACCUUUCCUUGCAUGCACUCUGUC